AUGUCUAACGACUCUUUCCACUACUUCAUGCAGCUGCCUCUAGAGCUGCGCCGUCUUAUUUGGGAGCACUGUCUACCGUAUCGCAUAGCAGAAGAAGACAUCCCCGCCUUUCUUCUUGAUGGCGACGAAUCCCGACAAGGCUGUUUCCCCAAGCGUACAACACACCUAAACACUCGGCUGCCGGUCAUCGCAUUUGUCAACAAGUCGAUUUGGGUGCAGCCGCGUCGGGAUGUGCUGCAUAUCAACUGGACGCGAAUGAGCUACGAUGUCAUGGGACCGCUUAUUGAACUUACCAGUCCGAUAGCCUAUUUCCUGUGCUAUGAAGCAGCAGAGCUUGGGAUGCAACCUUCUAUCGUGGCAGAAGUAAUUCACUAUUUUGAUUUGAAAGGGCUGUUGGAUGGCACUGCGGACGAUGAUGACGAUGAUGACGAUGGAAUCUUCUGCCUCCGGUCUUCUCGUCACGCGGGCAUGUGUCACCCUCUACAAAAUGAAGAGGCGAGUGAUAUUGCGGAUUUAGCAGAUUUUGCACCGAGGCUCGACGUGGCCAUGGUGGCAGUGUCUCUGCAUAUCACCAGGGAAGUGGCUCUGAGAUCGGGCUUGUUUGGACUGUUAGGCGAUGCGCCCGUUCAGAUGGUCGAUGUUGACGACGAAGCUCGGUUGAGGAAAUUUCAAGCAUUAUUCAGGGAGCACGCAUUGGAAAAGGAACCGGCUCUGCAAAUACUGUUUGAAUUACUUACAAGUACUCGAUUCCGAGCGGCCGUGGAGAAAUGGAAAAGACACGCUGAAUGGAUCUUCCUCGCGUCGUUGUGGGACUACGCACGGAAGGUCAACCUCGACAUUCUUGGGGUGGACCCAGGAUCCGCUUGGGUACCUUGCCUGCCGCAGUCAAGGUCUAUUGACUUACAUCGGUAUUCGCCUAAUGAGAAUCAUCCGUGGGUCAAAGAAGCUCGACAGAGUCUGCCCAAGCUGCGACCGCGGAUUAUGGUGCGAUAUUGUACCGGUGAGUGUUAUAGAUACCCGCCACCUAUAACUGAGUGGUAA